GCAGUCUUGCGUGCACCGGCCCAGCCCAUAGGAUCUAAGUUUAAAACCUCGAAUAUUCCAUCAGCCUGCGCGUGAAAUGCAAGCGCCAUUAGUUUUCCCAAAUCCGUUCUUAAUCCUACCAUAAACAAUGGGUAAAAACAGUGUCAAAAAAAUGGUAAAUAAGAAGAAAAGUAAAGUACAAUAUAGUAACAUUAAAUAGUGAAUCUAAUCUAUAAACUUUUUUCCCAAGAAAAAUUCUGAGCCACUCGAUAUUUCAUCAUCACGUUCUUCUUCUCUUUUAAAUAACCCUAAAGCCUCACCAAACCCUCACUCACUAAUUUCACAUUCUUCUCUCUCGAUAUCAUCUAAAUCUCUCGAUCUCAAAUUUCGAAAAUGGCUGACAAGAAGAUCAGAAUCGGAAUCAACGGUUUCGGAAGAAUCGGUCGUUUGGUUGCUAGAGUUGUUCUUCAGAGGGAUGAUGUUGAGCUCGUCGCUGUCAACGAUCCUUUCAUCACCACCGAGUACAUGACAUACAUGUUUAAGUAUGACAGUGUUCAUGGUCAGUGGAAGCACCAUGAACUUAAGGUCAAGGAUGAUAAAACUCUUCUCUUCGGUGAGAAGCCAGUCACUGUUUUCGGUAUCAGGAACCCUGAGGAGAUCCCAUGGGGUGAGGCUGGAGCUGACUUUGUUGUUGAGUCUACCGGUGUGUUCACUGACAAGGACAAGGCAGCUGCUCACUUGAAGGGUGGUGCUAAAAAGGUUGUCAUCUCUGCACCAAGCAAAGAUGCUCCCAUGUUUGUCGUUGGUGUCAACGAGCAUGAAUACAAGUCUGAUCUUGACAUUGUUUCCAACGCUAGUUGCACCACUAACUGCCUUGCUCCUCUUGCCAAGGUUAUUAACGACAGAUUUGGUAUUGUUGAGGGACUCAUGACCACUGUCCACUCUAUCACUGCUACUCAGAAGACUGUUGAUGGUCCAUCAAUGAAGGACUGGAGAGGUGGAAGAGCUGCUUCCUUCAACAUUAUUCCUAGCAGCACUGGUGCCGCCAAGGCUGUUGGGAAAGUGUUGCCAUCCCUCAAUGGAAAAUUGACUGGAAUGUCUUUCCGUGUUCCAACCGUUGAUGUCUCAGUUGUUGAUCUCACCGUUAGACUUGAGAAAGCUGCAACAUACGAUGAAAUCAAGAAGGCCAUCAAGGAGGAAUCUGAAGGCAAACUGAAGGGAAUUUUGGGAUACACCGAGGAUGAUGUUGUGUCUACUGACUUUGUCGGUGACAACCGGUCAAGCAUAUUCGAUGCUAAGGCAGGGAUUGCAUUGAGCGACAAGUUUGUGAAGUUGGUGUCAUGGUACGACAACGAGUGGGGUUACAGUUCUCGUGUCGUUGACCUUAUCGUUCACAUGUCAAAGGCCUAAGGUUACACCAGCAAGUGUUUGUGUGUUGAGUCGUACUGUUCUGAAUAAAAAAAGAGAAGAAAAAAAACACUCGAGUUUUAUCUAUCUUUCACUGAUUCCAUGCGCAGUCAUGAGAGUUUGUAGCUUUUUUUGCUUUUUGCUUUCUAUUAAUGUUUCCCUGCUUUGAAAGUUGAAACCAUUGGUUUGGUUUUUAUGUUAAUGAGUUUAGUUCAUUGAUU